AUGGGUGACGAGGAGGUUGCCGCGUUGGUGGUGGACAAUGGCAGCGGCAUGUGCAAGGCUGGCUUCGCCGGCGAUGAUGCCCCCCGCGCCGUCUUCCCAUCCAUCGUGGGCCGCCCUAAGAUGCCCGGUAUCAUGGUGGGCAUGGACCAGAAGGACUCCUACGUGGGCGAUGAGGCCCAGUCCAAGCGAGGUGUCCUCACCCUGAAGUACCCCAUCGAGCACGGCAUCGUCACCAACUGGGACGACAUGGAGAAGAUCUGGCACCACACCUUCUACAACGAGCUGCGCGUCGCCCCGGAGGAGCACCCGGUGCUGCUGACGGAGGCGCCGCUGAACCCGAAGGCCAACCGCGAGCGCAUGACGCAGAUCAUGUUCGAGACCUUCAACGUGCCCGCCAUGUACGUGGCCAUCCAGGCGGUGCUCUCCCUCUAUGCCUCCGGCCGCACCACCGGCAUCGUCAUGGACAGCGGCGAUGGCGUGUCGCACACUGUGCCGAUCUACGAGGGCUACGCGCUGCCCCACGCCAUCCUCCGACUGGACCUGGCCGGCCGUGACCUCACGGAGUACAUGAUGAAGAUCCUGACCGAGCGUGGCUACUCCUUCACCACCACGGCGGAGCGUGAGAUUGUCCGGGACGUCAAGGAGAAGCUGUGCUACAUCGCGCUGGACUUCGACAGCGAGAUGAAGGCGGCCAGCGAGAGCAGCGACAAGGAGAAGACCUACGAGCUGCCCGACGGCAACAUCAUCACCGUGGGCGCCGAGCGCUUCCGCUGCCCGGAGGUCCUGUUCCAGCCCAGCUUCGUUGGCAAGGAGGCCAGUGGCAUCCACGACACGACCUUCCAGUCCAUCAUGAAGUGCGACGUCGACAUCCGCAAGGACCUCUACUCCAACGUCGUGCUGUCCGGUGGCACCACCAUGUUCCAGGGCAUCGGCGAGAGAAUGACCAAGGAGCUGACGGCCCUGGCGCCCUCCACCAUGAAGAUCAAGGUGGUGGCCCCCCCGGAGCGUAAGUACAGCGUGUGGAUUGGAGGCUCCAUCCUGUCCUCCCUGAGCACCUUCCAGCAGAUGUGGAUCUCCAAGGGCGAGUACGACGAGAGCGGCCCGACCAUCGUGCACCGCAAGUUCACAGCCCUGCCUUCGGGGGGAAGUUCGGCACAGGAGGAGGCGGAGAUCUACUCAGAGGACGAGGAGGAGAUUGAGGAGGAGGACUUCCCUGCCGUGGUGAUUGAUUGCGGCAGUGACACGAUCAAGGUCGGCUUCGCCGGCGAGAGGGGGCCGCGUGCAGUGUUCCCCACUCUCGUGGGAAGAAUGAGGCCGGAGUGUGGGACGUCCUGCACGGACUGGUUCAUCGGCCAUGAGGCCCGCCGAAAGCGCAGCGUGUUGGCGCUGCGGUUCCCCAUCCAGAGGGGCCUGGUGACGAACUGGGACGACAUGGAGAAGACACUCGGGGUGCAUCCUCUCCUGGAUAAGGUGAUCUUUGAGAGCUUCAGUGUGCCUGCCAUGUACUUGGCACAGCAGGCGGUGCUGACUCUGCUCCUGGGCCAGAUACAGGUUGUCGUGGACUGUGGCGCCGAAGUGUGCCAGGUGCUCUCCACGAGCGGAUACAAGUUUACCACCUCGCUUGAGCGGGCGAUUGUGGCUGAUCUGAAGGAGAAGCUCUGCUACGUCUGCCGAGACUUUGAAAGCGAGAUGAUGAAAGUCCGAUGUGGGAACUUCAAAGACCGGCCUUUUGAACUGCCGGACGGGAGCGUCCUGAUGGUGGGAGCCGAGCGCUUCCGCUGCCCGGAGCUUCUCUUCCAGCCGGCGCUGAUUGGCAAGGAUGCCUCCGGCAUUCAGCACCUCCUUUUCCAGUCGAUCAAGACCUGCAACUUGGAUGUCCGCGGAGAUCUUGCAGGAAACGUGGUUCUUGCCGGCGGGAGCAGCCUCUUUGACGGCAUGGCCGAGCGGCUGCGUUUGGAGCUCGAGGACCUUGUGGAGUGGAGGCUGAUCGUGAAGGUGGCUGCUGAGCCUGCAAGGAAGUAUUGCGCAUGGAUGGGAGGCUCUUUGUUGGCAUCCCUCGGCACCUUUCAGCACAUGUGGAUCGCCCGGGAGGAAUACGACGAGGAGGGGCCGGAGAUCGUACAUGGCCGCUGCUACUGA